CUGUAGACAUACAUGUCUAUAUGUUUAGAUUGAUACAAGUGUAGUUACACAUGCUUUGUGCAACACAUAAAUACACAUAAAUAUAUAUAACCACAAAAGGCAUUGGUAGACAGUACUGACCAUUAUUAGAAUGAUUGUCUAUUGAAAGUUUAUCUACGUUAUCGGAUUAUUUUGAGUUUAUUUUCAGAAAUGCAAAACCUAAUAGGAAAAAUUUAUACAAAUUGUAUAUACAUUAUUCUGUUAAUAUUAUUAUAUGAUGUUCAAAAUGGGUUAACUCAACUAAAUCCAUAUUUCCAAUUCAUACCACAAAAUGAUAAUUUACAUACUAAAAUAUAUGAUUAUUCAAAAGGAUUUGAUGAAGAUCAUUUCACCCAUGAAUUACAAUAUCCGAUCCCAAUAUAUGAAACACUAAUCAAAAAAAUCACUAUCCGUAAAAAUGGUCUCCUAGCACUAGAUAGCAUUUCUGAUGAUAAUUUGCCAUCACAUUAUCCUGUCAAUACGAGUAUCACAAAUCAACGAUUACAAGAUUUUGAUGGACGAUAUUUAAGCAUUUUCAGUUCAGUGAAUGAUGGAAAAUGUGGAAGAAUUAGUGUCACGGAAAUCGAUUUACUAUCACCUUCAAAACUACCAUGUGUAGAGAGAAUGCAAAUAGAUCGUCUAAUAAAGUUUAUACAUUUAUCAUAUAUCGAAGAAUCUGAAUUAAAAGCUCAGUAUAUUGUACAUAUACUGUGGGAAAACAUGACAAACGCUUACCUAAUCAACCAGAAAGCUAAUACGUAUGGAAUGAUAAUAAUUUCUAAUGGAAUCCGUUCUUACGCUUUCAUGCAAUACAUAAAAAUUGAGUGGAAUGAAAAUGAUGUCGCAGAGAAUCUAGCUCUACCACCUGAAUCUGGUAUAUUUAUGAGACCUUUUGGAGGUUAUCAGUUGCCAAGAAGUUCUCAAGCUGUAGAACCAAAUAUAUGGUUAACUGAAACAAACAUAGCCCUACAUGGAGAAUGGCUUGUUCCUUUAUACAAAUCGGAAAAUAUAGCUAAAAUAAAUGUUAAGAAUUUAAGUGCAGUUGCCAGUGAAUUUGUUACAUCUUUGACAAGUGUUUGUGAGGGUUCACUUCAUUCACAUAAAUCAAAUAAUGAAACACCAUCUGAUACGGUCGUCAUUAAAAAUGUAAACAUUGACAAUACAUCAGAAGAGCCGAUUGCUAGAACACAGAGUUUUAAAAGAGCUUUGGAAAGCUUUGAUAAUUAUGACCUUAACGUCUCAUCAAAUGACUAUAGUUAUGGAAUGACUGAAAAUGUACCGAAAGCUGCAUGGAAUAUCCUAAGAGAUGAAACUGAAUUCUCAGGUGUUGAUCCAAUUGAUCAAAAUGAAGUGAAUAUUCUACCAGAGAAUGAAACUGAGGAUAACUUUUAUCAUGAGAGUAAUCAAUUUGUUGUUGAUAAUAAAGAGUACACACCCACAGACAGAAUUACGACACAAACUUACUAUCCUUUGGGUCGGUAUGAUGGAGAUGAGGAAAGGCAGGAGAUACAUGAACCUCUUAUUGUACCAGUCACUAUACACCCGUUGGGUGAUGACGAUGAUGGUGAAGAAGAUACAGUAGAUAAUAAGGGAGAAUACAAAUCCGUGAAUGAAACGUUUUCAAACAGUUUGGUGAAAUGUGAUGCUGUUAGUGAAUGUAAUAGUCAUAACACAGAAUGCUAUCGAGUUGACAACUCUGCCUGCUGUGUAUGCAGUGAUGGAUUUUACGGUGCAGGAGAUGCCAAGUGUUGGUCUGAAGUCAAUGAUCAUAAAUUUUCUUUUUCUGGUUCCCUAACCACACGCUUUGGUAUUGAGAAUACCAGUUCACCUCUGCUUAUCUAUCUGGAUAUUCAACAUGGUUCACUAAGACGCAGUUCUAGCGGAAUUCGUGGUGGCCGAACAAACGACAGAAUAUAUUCAACUAUGCGUUUAAUUACACCUGUAUUUCAUAUUUUAAAUUCAAUGGUUUCUAGUCCUUGUGAAAAUAUUCCAAAACGUGAACGUGUUUAUAAUCUUUUCACGUUAGGAAAUGGAUUACAACGUCCUUUCAAAGUGUUAUUCCAGUUUGAUAUUGAAAGAGUUGGGAAAUUUACAAUCCAAGCCGUACUUGAGCUACACGAUUUCACAACAGAAGCAUACGCCAGUGGUGUAAUACAGUUAGAGGCGUCCAGUACAGAAAGUUUAAACCUACUCGAUCAGUCUUAUAUAGAGGCUUACAGUGCUUCUGAUAAGCCAGAUAAAACGUAUUACGCUAAUUAUAAAAUUGAUGAUCAUAGCCGUGUUGUAUUUCCUGAGCAAACUGUUAAAUUUAUUGUUGAGCAUCGUGACUCAAAUGAAAUAAGUAAUUUUCCUGAAGAAAUUAAUGUACGCUGGUCUGCUGUUGCUGAGUCAGAAAGUUGCUUGCUCAAACAAGUCAGCUCUAUACCUAGGGAUAAAUCGUAUUAUAUUCGUCUCAAAGAUCGUGGUUACUGUAGUGAGGAUUGUUCAUCACCAGAUGGCACAUGUAAUUUGUUCUGUGUAGACGAACCUUUAUUAUUAGCUACAGAACCAAGUCCUUGUGACUGUGUAACGUGUGAUCGUCAUGGUGAAGUAUGUCGACCAGAGGGCGCGAGUUAUAGAUGUGAAUGUGGUCAGGGCUUGAAGUUAAUGCCUGACAAUACAUGUCAAGCUACUUCACUGGUGGAUGUAACUAACUAUCUCGGUGUACAGUGUGGUUCUGUCAAUUGUCAUACCCAUGCUCGUUGUAUUGAUCCAAAUCAAGCGUUUUGUCAAUGCUUACCUGGCUACAGAGGAGAUGGUGUUAGCCAUUGUGAAAGUGAUCCAUGUUCUAAAUGUCGUCGUAAUGAGAUUUGUGAAAAUGGUAUAUGUAUAGCAAGUGGUGUUGAUCUAUGUGAAGGGAUUCAGUGUGGAGAACAAGCGUUCUGUCAAGAUGGUGCUUGCGUUUGUACACCAGGUUAUACUGGCGACCCAGUUGUCAAAUGUUAUGAAGAAAGAGAUCGAUGUUUUCAAGUACGUUGUCAUCCAAAUGCACAAUGUUAUAAUAACGAAUGUCAUUGUGUAGAAGGUUUUCAAGGUGAUGGGUAUUAUGAUUGUAAGCCUGAAGUUUACGAUCCAUGCUCUGAGGUUAGGUGUCAUCCAUAUGCUAAAUGCAGAAAAGGUAACUGUGAGUGUCUGCCUGACUAUUAUGGUGAUGGUUAUCAUGUUUGUAAACCACGUAAUUAUGAUCCAUGUGAUUAUGUUCAAUGUCACCAGUAUGGAUAUUGUAUUAAUGGUAGCUGUCAGUGUCGCACUGGAUUCGAAGGAAAUGGUUACUACGACUGUCGCCGUAUUCAAGUAGAUCCUUGUUCUCAUGUACAAUGUCAUUAUGAUGCCACAUGUCACAAUGGUGUUUGUACAUGUAAAGAUGGUUAUAUUGGUGAUGGUUAUAGGGAGUGUAGACCUAGAGAAACCGAUUUAUGUCAUCACAUUCAAUGUCAUCCAUAUGCACAGUGUGAAAAUGGACAGUGUCAUUGUAUUGAAGGUUAUAUUGGUGAUGGAUAUUACGAUUGUCAUGUAAGAGAUCCUUGCACUGGUGUAAAAUGUCAUCAAUAUGGAGAGUGCAUCAGUGGACGAUGUCAUUGUCUUAGAGGAUACGAAGGUGAUGGGUAUUAUGAUUGUAGGCAAACAGUUACUGAUCCAUGUUCAAAUGUUCAAUGUCAUCCUAAUGGUUAUUGUAGAAAUGGACGUUGUUUAUGUUUAAACGGUUAUGAAGGUGAUGGUUAUUAUGAAUGUCGUCCAGUUCAUAAUGAUCCUUGUAUAGGAGUACAGUGUCAUUCUAAAGCAGAAUGUCAAAAUGGUUACUGUCGUUGCCUGAAUGGCUACGAAGGGGAUGGUUUUCAUUAUUGUUAUGCAAUGCAAGAUGAUCCGUGUUCUAGUAUGAGAUGUCAUAUAAACGCUAAAUGCUCUGAUGGUGAAUGCCGAUGUUUGGACGGCUAUCAGGGAGAUGGAAAACAUUAUUGUGAUCCUAUUCAGCAGGACCAGUGUCAAAAUAUUCGUUGUCAUGAGUUUGCAAACUGUCAAAAUGGUAGAUGUCAAUGUAAUGCAGGUUAUGAAGGAGAUGGUUACUGGGAAUGUAAAUCCAUAAAAAGUGACCUUUGCAAGUAUGUUCGAUGUCAUGAAAAUGCAAAAUGCAAUGAACACGGUAAAUGUCAGUGUCUUGAUGGUUAUUCGGGAGAUGGAUACCAUGAAUGUCAGAAAAGUUCACAAGAGUUAUGCGCUGGUGUUCAAUGUCAUCGUUUUGGUCAAUGUUAUGAAAAUCGAUGCUACUGCAGUCAUGGAUACGUUGGGGAUGGGGUUAACUUUUGUGAUGCACGUGCAAACGAUCCAUGUGAUGGCGUUCGUUGUGCUGCUAAUGGACGUUGCCAAGAUGGUCGAUGCGUAUGUGAUCCUGGUUAUACAGGAGAUGGUUACAAUGAAUGUCGAGAAGCCGAGGGUGUGAAAUUGUGUGGUAAUGUACAAUGUCAUCAAUAUGCUACAUGUGAUAGAGGACAGUGUCGUUGUGUUACUGGUUAUGAUGGUGAUGGUUAUUCAGAUUGCCGACCAGUUACAGAAGAUAAGUGCUCACGAGUGAGGUGUCAUCCAGAUGCUCAGUGUACUGAUGGUUACUGCUUCUGUCCUACUGGUUUCGAAGGAGACGGAUAUUAUGAGUGUAAACGAAUUACUCAAGAUCGCUGUGCGAAUGUUCGGUGUCAUGAAAAUGCUAAAUGUGACGACAGGUAUUGUCGUUGCAAAGAAGGUUUUGAGGGUGAUGGCUACAGUGAGUGUAGACGUAAAAGUGAAGAUAGUGAUCCAUGUGCACGUAUUCGCUGUCAUCCCCAAGCUCAGUGUGAGUAUGGGUUUUGCCGCUGUAAAAAUGGUUAUAAAGGUGAUGGCUAUUGGAAUUGUCAACCUAUACAAAGUGAUCUAUGUCGGGCAGAACAAUGCCAUCAGUUCGCUAGAUGUGUUGAAGGUCAGUGCCGCUGUUUGGAUGGAUACGAAGGAGAUGGCUAUCAGAUGUGUAAUAUAAUACCUGGAGCAACUUCAGCAGAUUGUGGUAAUUGCAAUGGUAUACCUUUCAAAGAAAUAGCUCAGUGUGUUGGUGGACGAUGUGUUUGUGCUCGUGGAUUUAUUGAAGUUCAGGCAGGUGUCUGUAUGGAAUGUGUGCAAGACAAUUGUCAUCAGGAUGCCGUCUGUCGACCGGAUGACAGGUUUAAUGGCGCCUAUUCAUGUCAUUGUAAAGCUGGUUUUACCGGAGAUGGAGUAUCUGUUUGCAAGCCUGAAAGUGUAGAUAGAGAAGAUGCCACAUCAUCACACGCCUUUGAUCCUACGUGCGGUGGAGGCUGUAGGAUACGAAAUGCGGAAUGUGAUCGAUAUACUGGAACAUGUAAAUGUCGAUCAGGUUAUGAUGGAGAUGGAGAGAGGGGUUGCUACUGGAAUUGUAAGCUGUGUCAUCCGAGUGCUAUUUGUGAUCGUGAAAACGAAAGAUGCAUUUGUCCAUCUGGUUAUCGUGGAGAUGGACAAACAUUUUGUGAACAAAUUCCAGUUAGGCAAGAUUCUAUAAAAGUUCGAAUAAUGGGAGAAGGAGAAGUAAUGCAUAUUACAGAUAUAUCUCAUCCGCUUGAAUUAAGAUGUUUCGUAGCUGGAAGCGAUCAGUCAUAUUCCGGCCAAUGGAUUCAACCACAUUCCGCUCAAGAACCAAUAGUGACUAAAACUAGACAACAAGAUGGCUAUGAAAUUUCCCUGCGUAUAAAUCAACCUACAAUAACUGAUAGUGGAAGGUAUGAGUGCCGUGCAGGGAAUGUUGCUGCUUUCAUAGAUGUAAAUGUGGAAGAAUCAGCAAUUCCAUUCACUGUGCUACUUACAAGUGAUGAUGGGAUUUUAAUGACACAAUCUACCGAUUCAAAUGUAACCAAAGCUACUCUAUGGAAUAUUGCUGAAAAUAACAAAUAUGGACGUGUCUCCAUGGUCGGUGAUUGUAAUAGUCAACGAAUUAUAUAUACAUCUGAUUAUGGUCAUACUAUCCGAUGGGGUAAUUCAAACUCUGGACAAAAUAAAUUGGUGACAAAAGAAAUAUACACUUCACAAUUUAACCGAUUUCGCAAUUUGGCGGUAGAUUCGUUGUCUGGAAAUGUGUUUGCCUGGGAAGAGGCCUUUGGAAAAAUUAUGGUAUUCAAUCCAAAUAAACCAAAUAUUCAUUAUACACUUGAAAGUUUACAUAGCCUAACUUCAUCUGAACAACAGAAUUUCGCUGGGCUAGCUUUGCACUCCACAUUAGGUCUAAUGUACUGGGCAAUAUACACAGACGGUUGGAGACCGAAUGGUACAAUUCAAGUGGCUUCAAUGUCUGGUGAAAAUGAGGAGCAAUUAUUACAACUAACUGGUGAACCAUUGGCAAUUAGUAUAUCACCAGCAACGCCAGUUAAUGGUAAUUCCGCUGGAAAAUUAUGCUGGAUGCAAAGAUCUUCUAAAGGAAUGUUUGGACUAGUCACUGAACUACAUUGUGCACGAUUAGGUCAAACAGGUAGAGAGAUAUUAACCAAUGAAAAGAUUAGAGAAUUCAGUCCUUCUGAAGAACCAUCUUUUGGUAUGACACAAUAUAAAGGAACAUUAUUGUGGACAGAUGCUUCAAAGACAGUCUAUUACUCUAUCAAUCCUGAUCGCCGAAUACGUGUCCGUUAUGUCUGUUGUUCUAAUCGUUUCCAAGCCUUAUCAGUAUUAGGUGAUUGUCCACAAGCUUCAACUAAUCCAUGCACUUAUUCUAAUGGACGAUGUCGUUAUAUAUGUUUACCAAAUGACGGUGGUAGAUCACGUACAUGUGUAUGUCCUGAUAAUGAACCUGGAUGUCAUAAAGAAAUAUGAAAUGUAUCAGUUAUAAUUUAAUGAAAUGAUAAAUUCAUUUUAUCCCAGUUCAUAUUUUUCAACUUUACAUUAACUUAAUUAUUUAUAUUACUGAUUUGUUAAAAAAAAUUAAAAUUGAAUUUUCGAAUUUUCCUUCAAAAAGAAAGGUGUUUUAUUUAGGAAAGCUUUAUUCUUGAAAUGUCAAUCUUUUUUCUAUUGUAUUACAUUUAAUUAUACUUGCAUGUUGUAUUUUAUUUUACUUAUCUAUGUGAAUUUGAAGAGUUACAAUUGAAAUAGGUUAUAUAUUAUCUAAUUAAUCUCAUUCGUCAACCUAAAAACUCAUACACAUGAACUGAAUACUUCUCAUAGAAUUAGUUUUUGUUGUUGUUGUUGUUGUUGUGUGUGUGUAAUAUUUAAACUUUGAUGUUACUAUAUCCCAAUAAAUUAUAUUCAAUACUGAAACAUAAUUUAUUUUUGUAAUCAGUUCAGUAAAUUCAUAGUUCAAAUCAUUAACUAAUCUUUCCUAGACCAUUAUUAGUUACCUGAGCAAUCAGCAUAUAGGGUUCUCGCCGGUGUCCUUCAACGACAUGGAUUGUUCAUUAGUCAUACAGUAUUUUUCAUUACUGUGUUGAUUCAGAAAAUGACUCUCCCUUCCGAUCGAUUACAGUUGCUAUUUGAGCGACAGUUGAAGUUCUUAGUCAAACUACGCACAUAGUUGCUGAAUCACUCAUGCUUUGGAGAUGCGACGGAACUGAAUGGAUUAAUUUCUUAAUUGCGCACCGAGCUUGAAAAUGAUUGCAGCCUCCAUGAAUCCUCAACAAACCGUAAUUUAAACGAAACAACAGUUAUUCAAGAUCCACCCAGUGGUGUAGCGGUCCAUUUCAGAAACAUGUCCGGUAAUGAAUUCGAACCCCAUUAUCUCCGAAACAGCAUGUGCAAACAGUGGCUUAUCCAGAUCUCAAAAAGACGACAUCCUGUUAAAUGUUCAUGAAAUUGUCGCAGUAACCGCCCAUGAAGAAACAGAAAACGAAUCAAGCAGUACACUGAAUCCAGAUGCACCAAAUGGAGCUCAUCAUUCUGUGAUAGAAGUUUCUGACGAAUCUAAUUAUCGAGAUUCCUUUGUUUUACCAGAAAAUGUGUCACAUGCAUCAAAUGAUAAUAAAGAACCUAGUACAGUUUUGAUAGAUGCUGUUUACCCUAAUGAGUCAUCAUCUACUAAUGAGGUUUUCAAUAAAUUUGAUGUAAAUGUUUCAGAAGAAUCAAACUUCGAUGACCUCAUAUCAAGCGUCGUUGAUCCUCACCAUUUAGUUACUUUCAGUAGAUUCUCUGUUCAAUGCGACAAAUGUUUUAAAUAAAUCCAAAUUAAUUGUAACUUGGAAAUAUGAGGAUCCAACACUACUUCGUGGGGGAAGAUAAGCUCGGGAAAUCUAAAAUCCGGAUAUCAACUCCAGAUCUUCAAAACAGGGGUGUGUUACGUCUCGAUAUGGAUAAGGAAUGAUAAUUUUUGGGAUCCAUUUAUGGAACAACACUAUGCGUAUAUUUUUAUCGUAUAAUAUAUGAUAUUCUAGCAUUCCAUUGACAAGUUAUAACAGGAGCCUCAAUAUUUCUACGUACAUUUUGAGUACUAGAACUUCAUCAUUUUAGAACUACUUGUAUU